AUGUGCAAAGUUGGGAAGAUUAAUGAUGCCAAGGAACUUUUUUCUAGUCUUUUUGAAAUUGGUUUACAACCUGAUGUUUAUGUAUAUAAUGCAAUUAUGAAAGGACUUUGCCAACAAGGAUUAAUGGAUGAAGCGUAUAAGGUAUUUAAAGACAUGGAAAAGGUAGGAUGUUUACCAAAUAAUUGUUGUUAUAAUAUCAUCAUUCAAGGGUUUCUCAAGCAUGAGGAUUUACCAAAAGCAUCAGAACUAAUCAACGAAAUGGUUGAUAAGGGGUUCUCUGCUGAUGCUGCUACCACAGAAUUGAUAGUACAUUUAUCGCUGAAUAAUGAUCUCAUUCUAAGCAAACUACGAAAUCGUUCUGAGGCUUCUAAAGGGGUGCAAUGA